GUUUCCUGUUUGUCUGCGCGGAGCUCUGCUGAGUGAGCCCUCCGACCCUAAACACACCUGCUUCUAGAGUUAUUAAUAGAACUCACCGAAUGACAUACCGCUGUCAGAUGAAUUUUAACUGCAAAUCUAAUUUCUUACAAGGCAGCGGGGAGUGGUUCUCACCUCCUGAUCAGCUGCGGUAGUGGUGGUGGCUUUGGGCUGAAGUGUGGGUCUCCUCCCUUCAACCCCGCGGGUGGUUCUCUUAGGACACUUUGAGGCCACCACAGACCCAGCAAAAGCCUCUGGGGGGCUCUCCCGGCUGGAUAUUUGGGGCGAGAAAAGGAGUGAUCUUCUCUAGGACUUCCAUUUGCGUUUGAGUGGGAGAAUUUUCGCCCUGUGCAAAGGGGAUUUUCAGCUCGGGGCUGCGGUUUCCGAGGCCCUCUCCAGCCAAGGAAAAUCUACACAAAAAAGCCUGCCUGGAUCGCUUUCCCCGAACUACCCGGCAGCAGGCAGAUACUUCCUCAACCUCGCCCUCUAUCGUUUUGUCUGGAGCACCACCCCCUGGUUCCCGGCGACAUCGCUGCACACGAUGGGCUCCACCAUCAUCCCUCUGGUCAAAGCCUUUCGCGGUCCAGUCGCCGGUCUAGUUUCGGGUCCAGUCUCCGAUCCAGUCUCGGGUGCAGUCUCCGACUAUGGCAACUAUGACAUCAUUGUGCGGCAUUACAACUACACCGGCAAGCUGAACUUGGGCACAGACAAGGAGAACGGCAUUAAACUGACCUCCGUGCUGUUCAUUAUCAUCUGCUGCUUUAUCAUCCUGGAGAACAUCUUUGUUUUGCUGACUAUUUGGAAAACCAAGAAGUUCCACCGACCCAUGUACUAUUUUAUUGGCAACCUGGCCCUGUCAGACCUGUUGGCCGGAGUGGCCUACAUGGCCAACCUGCUUUUGUCUGGGGCCACCACCUACAAGCUCACCCCAGCCCAGUGGUUUCUGCGGGAAGGGAGCAUGUUCGUGGCCUUGUCCGCCUCCGUGUUCAGCCUCCUGGCCAUCGCCAUCGAGCGCUACAUCACCAUGCUGAAGAUGAAACUCCACAACGGGAGCAACAGCUUCCGCUCCUUCCUGCUCAUCAGCGCCUGCUGGGUCAUCUCGCUCAUCCUGGGCGGCCUGCCGAUCAUGGGCUGGAACUGCAUGGGCAAGCUGCCCAACUGCUCCACAGUGUUGCCACUCUACCACAAGCACUAUAUCCUCUUCUGCACCACGGUCUUCACUGUCCUCCUGCUUACCAUUGUCAUCCUCUACUGCAGGAUUUACUCCCUGGUCAGGACUCGGAGCCGCCGUCUCACCUUCCGCAAGAACAUUUCCAAGGCCAGCCGCAGCUCUGAGAAGUCUCUGGCGCUGCUCAAGACCGUGAUUAUCGUCCUGAGUGUGUUCAUCGCCUGCUGGGCCCCCCUCUUCAUCCUGCUCCUGCUGGAUGUGGGCUGCAAGGUGAAGACAUGCGACAUCCUCUACAGAGCCGAGUACUUCCUGGUGCUGGCUGUACUCAACUCGGGCAGUAACCCCAUCAUUUACACGCUCACCAACAAGGAGAUGCGCCGGGCCUUCUUGCGGAUCAUGUCCUGUUGCAAAUGCCCCAGCGGGGACUCCACAGGCAAAAUCAAGCGGCCCAUCAUCGCAGGGGUGGAAUUCAGCCGCAGUAAGUCGGACAAUUCCUCGCAUCCCCAGAAGGACGACGGGGACAACCCAGAGACCAUUAUGUCUUCUGGAAACGUCAACUCUUCUUCCUAAAACUGCAUGUUGCCGGCCCAUGGGGAGUGUUCUGCAUGGUCACCCACCACCCCGGCAGGCAGGCGCUUGGUGCGUGGGUUUCUCAGAGGCAGAGAGGGAGAGAAGGGUGGAGUACGAGGAGUUUGGUGAACCUGGGUGUUGGAGAAGAGAGUUGGUCCUUGAACAAUGCACUGGGAAGGGCGGAGACCAGGUUCUGGCCUGGUACCCAUUUCCUUCUCCCUGGAGCUUUGAUUUUGCACCAAGCCAAAGGUCUAGCAUUGUCGAAUUGCCGAAGGGUUCACAGCCCUCCUCAAAGACUUGUCCCCAAGUGAAAGCUCUCCCUCUCUGGAACUUGGAGGUGUUUUCUUUUACUUCCACCCAGUGUGGGCACUUCUGCUUGUCUAGGUAUGCUCUACACACCCACCCCCUGCUCUUCACACCUCUCCUCAGAAUUCUGUUACUUUAUAUUUUAGCUACCUGGCACAUUCAGCAGGCUAGGGAUGUGGCUUGGUUCAUUUCUGGGUCAUCUGUAGCUGGCAGGCCUUGUCUAGUAUAGACCUUGAGGAGAUGGAAAUGGUUUGGAGAUGUAAAGCAAUUUCGCUUACUGAGGCCAAAGUUUCCACAUAGCUGGGUCAGUAUUUUUGGAAUUUAGUUGAAGUCCUUUGACUUUUUUUUUUUUUUUUUUGGCAUCUUUACAAUGGAAUUUGUUACAGUAUCAACACAUUUAUCCAUUGUGCCUGAUAUUUGCCUAAGAAAGUUCAGUUAAUUUAAACAGUGUCAGCUGGGAUCCUUAGUGUCUUGGGAGAAACAAGAAAAGCAAAAUAACUGCUUUUGGGGUUAGGGAGGGGUGACUUGUAAACCAAGAGAGAUUUCUUGAUGAUUUUGUCUAACAAAUACAGCAUCUGUCUCUGGCACUUUUGUUGUUUAUUCAGAGUGUUGUGUGAUCAUUUUGACCCACAGACUGGUUUAUUUUGUUGUGUUAAAAGUUUCAUGGUUGUUGAAUGUAUUCCUUCAUCAGAGGGCAUUGUAUUGGAUUUUUCUAACCUUUGUUAACACCAUUGAAUGUGUAUGUUAAAAGAGAAUACCAUCUUUGUGUGCCCUCAAAGCAUUACUUUAACUGAUAGGGAACAUCAGAAAUAUUUCAGUACAGCUGUUAACUAGUUAAUGGAAGAUUUGUAUAAAUAUAAAGAAUAAAAAUAUAUUGCUGUCUCUUUAGUAAGGUUUUCAGUGCAAUUAAACGAUGAAAAAUGUCUUUUUGUGGGAAUAGUAUUUAAUAGAUUUCUGACUUUUUGUGGAUCAUUUUGCACAUAGCUUUAUCAGUGUUUAAACAUUAAUAAACUGAUU